UCGCAUCACCUUAUUAACACAGGAUGAUGAUACGAGCGUUCUCGCCACCCACAGGCCGCACCACCGCCCCUUCCUUUCUUACCUUUCAUUGGCUUUCCCUUCUCUCUCUCCUCCCUGUAUUUUCCAUCUGUGUCCGCAGCGUGGAAUGCUACUAGAGGAAAAGAGGCGUCGGCGAUCGCGCACGAAUCUUCACGAGGGCGCGCCCGACCCCGCGAGGUUCUUUACUUUUUCUCCUACUCCGGUGCUUCCUGACUACUCCAAGUCGCCGCUUGUUGCCUUUUUGAGCGAAUAACAAACAGAGCAAUGCGUGGUUAAGCGUCCGAACCGAUAAAGGUAGGAUCUUGACGAGGGAGAGACCGGAUGGAGAGGGAGAUGGGAUGCUGAAAGCCGGGAUCUUGAUGGAGGAGACGCCAAGAAUGCAGUGGGAAAAGCCUUCUGGCGGUGGUGGUGAUGAUGAGAGGAACGAUGAUGUAAGGGAAGGGAGAGGAAGAGGAGUAGGAGAAGCGGGAGCUGAAGGGGAAGGGGUUGGAGAAGGGAUUCUCUGCGUGAAGGUGAUGACGGACGAGCAGAUGGAGGUCCUCCGCCGUCAGAUUGCUGUCUAUUCCACCAUAUGCGAGAAGCUUGUCGAGAUGCACAAGGCCAUCACUGCCCAUCACGACUCCCUCGCAGCUUUAGGAAUGAGGGUGGGCGGCAUCUACAAUGAUCCCCUGAUGGCAUCUGGCAACAACAAAAUUACUGGUAGACAACGGUGGACUCCAACGACUGUGCAGCUACAAAUUCUUGAGGCUAUGUUUAAUCAAGACAACGGGAUGCCAAGCAAGCAAAAGAUAAAGGAGAUAACUAUUGAGCUCUCACAACAUGGUCAGAUCUCCGAAUCUAAUGUCACUAACUGGUUUCAGAAUAGGAAGGCACGAUCAAAGCGAAAGCAGAUGGCUGCAUUGCCAAGCAAUACUGAAUCUGAAACCCUGAACGAAAAGAAACCCAAGCCCAACCAAAACCAUCAUGAUGAUCUACCUAUCAGCAGUGACAAUAAUCCCAUUCGUGAUAUGCAAAUAAACACUGAAAUCCAUUCAUUAGAAUGGGAGCCAAAUCAAGCACAUGGCAUACACUUGUCAAAUGACAGUUCAAAGGCUUCCAGCGGUUCGGGCCACACGACCUUCUAUGAUAACAUUUUAUCCACCCCUAGAUAUGACCACUUGAUGGAGAAGUUUGACGUUCGAUAUUUUAGCCCUUACCAUGCAGAAGAAAGCUAUGACAUCAUGGGUUGACAUUACUUGAGUUUGAGCCGGUGAUCACUUGAUGAUGGCUAAUAAAUUGUAUUUAAAGUUUUAAAAAACCGUGAAAUUUAGUUUGUGGGAUUUUUGAUAUUCUUCUUCACCAGAGGGUGCUUUCCGGACAGAAUAUGCUCUUCUUUUAUCAUCUUUUUGAAAGUUUUAUGCUUCUUUCUUACAGCAAAUACUAAAAACAGUGCUGUAUGUGAACUUUUAGUCA